CCUCAGUUGACAGAAGCAACUGUGUACUUCAGUAAAGGCUGUUCAUUGACGACAAAAGGCAAGAGUCCUGCCUCCAUCGACGGCUCCACCAAUCCCAGCGUGUGGAGCAGACGAGCCUUCAGCAGUCUUCCCCAAAUCUACUCUUAAAGCAGCUUAAUACUACAGAGACGAGAGCAUGAUCUGCCACGAGACGCUUCAUGUCUCAAGGGCACAUUUAACGGCUAAUGAAUCAUUCUUCAGCAAAGUGAAACGGAUCGUACUCGUACUUUAAACACCAAGGAAUAAUGCGAGUGAUUUAGAAAGUGCAUGGUCCAAGGAAUGCUAUAAUGAAAUUACUAGCUGCAGUAUUGAAGUUAGGCUUUGGUGGUCAAAUUCCCAGAAAUGAACAAUGUUGCCUUCUUGAAUGUCUGAUAUGCAGAUAGCAGCACUACAUUUUUUUAUAGACUGAAAACCUGAAUCAUUCAUAGCAGCGAACUGUACAAGUGGUCACUGCACUUUGGACAGGCAGUAGCCAGGAAUGGUGGAUCACUUGCUGCUUGAUGAAGAGACUUUCUUUACUUACACUUGUUUGCUGCCAGCCCACAACCCAUCGGAUAUGGUGACAGACGAGGGGGUGUACCAUAUGCUUCCAUCACCAUUCUCGGAGGAUAACCUGAGUGACUCAUCUAGCCCAUGUUCCUGUUCCAGCCCUGAGUCUCAGGUCUUGGGUUCUAGUUGUGGGAGUAACUCAAGUGGAGACAGUCAAGAUGGCCUCCUUGACUUCCUUCACUCUCAGUCCCUAACUGUGAGCCAAAACUCGCCAUCCUGCACCUCCAUGUCUCCCAUGGUCCCUCCUGUUCUUCCCAUGGGUCUGGCUUGGGAGUCACGACGGGACCGCACCACCAAAGAAGAGUGCUUUGAGUUCCCUGUUUUCCCUGGAGAUUUGGAGGAGCAUGAAGGGCAACUGUUUCAGCCCACUCUGGAAGAGAUUGAGGAGUUCCUGGAGGAGAACAUGGAAGUGGUAGCCUUAAAAGAGGAAGCUGGAGAGGGUCUAGUGACCUGUGAGAGCAUCCAAGGACCUACAUCAGAACCUUGGGCUCAAAGCUUAGACCAAACAGUGCCUGUCUCAAGUGACAUAGCUGACAGCAACUCUGAUCCCAAAAGUGCACAGUCUGCAGAAGAGGCCUUUACAAAUCCUCAGAACACAUUGAAAAAGGAGGACUCUUCUGAGAAGGUAGUGAUGGUGGAGAGUCCAAGCAUGCCCGUGAUAUUACAGCUCCAGCCCAUUCAAGUGAAACAGGAACUGAGCCCUAAAACUGCCCCCUCGACACCAACAGCACAACCUGCCUCAGACAUCAAAAUAACCCAGCUCCUCGUCAACAUCCAGGGUCAAACCUUCGCCCUGGUUCCUCAGGUGAUCCCCCCGGCAAGCCUUAACAGCUCUUCCAACAAAUUUGUCCGAAUUGCCCCAGUUCCCAUUGCCGCUAAGCCCUUAGGUCUAGGGGAGAACGGAACAGUUGAUGGCCAGGGAACAGGGCUUGUAGUUGGGUGUCACAAAUUCCAGAAGAGCUCGGUGGCUGAUCUUAUUAAAAUGCACAAGUGUACUUUCCCUGGCUGUGCCAAGAUGUACACCAAAAGUAGCCAUCUAAAGGCGCACCUGAGGAGACACACUGGUGAGAAACCAUUUGCCUGCACUUGGCCUGGCUGUGGCUGGAGAUUUUCCCGGUCGGACGAGCUGUCACGGCAUCGCCGGUCUCAUUCUGGAGUUAAGCCCUACCAGUGCCUCGUCUGUGAAAAGAAAUUUGCCCGGAGCGAUCACCUGUCCAAACACAUCAAAGUCCAUCGCUUUCCACGAAGCAGCAGGACAGCACGCACUGCACACUGACCCCACACAACCCCCCACCAUGGAGAGAGAUAGAGAUAGAUAGACCGAAGGAAUGAAAGAGAGAAAGACAGAUUCAUUUGUGGUACUGUGAUAAUUUAUUACAUGAGGCUUGGAUGAACUGAAAAAGAGUUUGUUCUGAAACUGUUACUUGACUCGUCGGCCUCACGGAUGUCGUAAACUUCGUAGAUUGUAUUUUUGUAGCGUUCAUGAUUGUUUUCUAUGUUUUGAGAACAGAUUUGUUUGCAAAAUUUACCAUUCAAAGCAUUUUUUGUUGUACCUUGAGGUAUGAAUUGUUGAUGUAUCUGCCAGUCAUCAACAUUCCUUGUUCAAAAUCAUGAUAAAGUCACUUCACGUGUUUAGCUCCUCUAAACCAAAAAAACCUUUGGGUUCAUUUGAACUACUGAUCAUUGGUAGGACUAUGCCAUUAUAAGCUAUUGGCAAACACAGAGGCUUUUUCUCUUGACUUUCGGUUGUAUGCUAGCAAACUGUGAAACGCCUCCAGACAGACUAUAGAGCAAAUUGACGGAAAUCAAAACACGCACAUUUGACGGAUGUGAAUGGGCCUUCUGAUCAGUAUUGAAUUUUUUCCUGAUGUUUUAGUUGAUAAUACAAACAUUUUUCAUUUCAGUCUUCGUUUUUUUCAUUGGUUGCUUUCAUCUGAAAAAAAUUAAAACAAGAUACCUUCUGGGCCUUUCUCUAAUCUACAUGUUUGCAGCUGGGGCCAAGGAAUUUGUGGUUAGAAACAUUUCAUAUCUGAGAAAUCCGAUGAUCUGAGUCAGUAAGUUGAUAGCUAAGCCAGGUCAAUACAGACUAUCAAACCUUUCUAACUUGCCUCAAACAGUCCUUUUGAGCUGGGACUAUCUGCCAAAAUGUCUCUGCGAGACGAGCUUGAAUGACAAAAUGAAACUGGAAUUGCAAGGUGCUAACCGGUCUCAACUGCGAGCUCCCGCAUAAGGGGGCGCUUGCAGGUCAAAUCCUCCAGCUUGGGAAGUGUAGUCUGGGACGCAUCUGGAGUUGAAAGAGGACAUUCUUCAUGGGAACUGUAGUCAUGGACACAGCUUGACUACUGAUAGGGCACGCUGACCAUGUGUUCACUAAAGAAUGCGUGUAAUACCCAGUGGGGUGCUGAUAGUUAACGCUAAUAUUUAACAAAUGUCGAUUGGAUUGUGAUGAGAGCUUCAUAACAACAUUGACAAUGCAAUCUGUUCUAUGCAGUCCGUUUUUUCCAAAACAAAAGCCCACAUGAAAACAGCUACAAAGUUACCCUGAGUGCCUCAGGUGAUGAAUCAACCCGUUGCUCUUUGUACUGCACCAACAGGCACCUAUAGAUGCGUACACGAAUAUACACACAUACAGUGUGAUGACAGGAACUUAUCUCUUCUGGCUCUUUUACUUGCUUUACGUGUUGACACGUGCUUCAGAGGAAUGCAUGAAAAUUAUUGUGGUAUCGAUUUGCUGCUCUGCUUAUAAUAUUUAGCAACUGUUGUGGUCAGGAAAUCUCGGAUCAGAUAUUGCAGAGCUGGAAGAAACCAAAAUCACUCAGACCUCUUGCAGACCAGAAGAGUCCUGUAGGAAUGAAGGAAACACAUUCGUCUGCAUAAAGUAUUGGGAUGUUUUGCUGUUGUUUGUGGCUUUUUAACAUACAAACCAGUGCCAUGGAGGAUCAGUAUCUCUUCGAUUACGUUAUCGUUGCUCGCUGAAAGAGGUAACCAUGUACAAUUGGUUCUUUUAAAGCCCUACUCAUCUCAAACUUAUUAAAAAGUAUGUCACGAGUAACACCCAGGCGGAGUUUGCGUAUUGUUAGCGUUGCAUUCCUUGCCGUCUAUACAUGAAUUUUUUGGUGAAAUUGGUGCUUAUGGCCAACAUUGAAUGUAUGUAUACUGUAUGUACAGACUUUGUACAAAAUGUUGUUGGAUCAGAGAGUACCGGAUAUUCUUCUACUGACGUAUCUCACGUCUUUGAUUGUAUAAAUAUCCCCUGUAAAAUGUAAACCAAUGUACAUAAUAACAAUUCAAUAUAUAUAUAUAUAUAUAUAUAUAUAUAUAUAUAUAUAUAUAUAUAUAUAUAUAUAUAAAUAUUAUAUAUUUUUCUUGAUAUACAUCAAAUGCAUUUACAAAUAAAUUGGAAAUAAGAACUUU